AUGGAUGAAUUAGAAGCUGCCAUUUAUUCAGUUUUACAUUAUAAUGACGAUAUAGCUUUACAUGAACUAGAAUCCAAUUUAGAUAUCAUAGUAUCUAAAUCCCCCAUACAGGGCAUUAACCCUUCACAAUUGAAAGAUUUAAUAAUUUUUCUUUGUUCAGAUAAUAUUAUCUCUAAUGAAAUUAAAUUAAUAAUUAUUAAGAAUUGUUUAUAUCCUAAUAGUCUAGUUUCACUUGAUAUUAUUAACGUUCUAAUACCAUUUUUAGGUAAACCAUCGUCUAUUAGUAAUCCUUAUAAGAUUGUAGCAGAUCCAGUUAUUCAAACUGCUCUCUUAAAUUGGAUUUUAAACAUUUUCCCAUUAAUUAAAUUUAAUAAUUCAAUUCUGAACUCAUCUAAGUUGAUUUGUUUAUGGCAAAAUGAAACUAUUCAAAAUUAUAUAACUUGCAUUAUUAUUUGGUCCACGCGUAUCAAAGAUGACAUUAAACCAUGGAAAAUUCAAUUAAUACACAGGUAUAUAGCAAAUUUAUUCAAUAAAAAUGAAAAUACUACUAUUUUAGAAGAAAAUUACAAGGACAUUCAUGGAGAUGCAAUAAUAAACUCGAUUGCAAUUCUACGGAAAUUUCAAUCAUUUUUUGGUAAGUCAAACGAAUUAAUCUCAAAUACUAUUUCUAAACUAGAAGUUAUAUACCCUAUUAGUCGGAAAAAAAUACGAUCCUCUUGGCUUUCAAAAUUUAAAUUUGAUUCAAAAUUUAUUGAUACCCUUUCAAAUAUUAUACCAUCAAGUGAAUUUUUUGGGGAAUCUUUACUAUCGUACUAUGAAAAACUGACUCUAGAGAUCAAGCCUGAUCUUUCACUAACAAGUUUACAACCUCAUUUUUUUAUUAAUUUAAAAUCAAUAAAUACAUCCUCGCCAUUAUUGAAGGCUAAAUGUUUUGAAGAUUUAAUAGAGAAUUGGGGGACGAUUACAAUCCCUAAUAAUAUCGAAAUAUUAUUUUCUAAUAACACCCCUUUAUUUAUUAAAUUAUAUUUGUUACAAAAUAAUAAGAGUCAUUUCAUUGAAGAGAAAUCUAUUUAUUCUUGGCUAACUGUUCAACUUAAAAGAUUACUAUUUUCAAAAACCAAAUUUACUCAUGAAAAUUUUAUCAAAGAUAUUGAAAAAAAUCAACUUAUUCAACAAUUGAUAUUUAUUCUUGAAUUUUAUCCUGCAAUAAAUAAGCGAAUAUUAAUUGAUUUUAUAUUACAAAUACCGUAUUUUUUAACCGAUCAACAAUAUAAAAGCUUCCAUCUUAAUUUUGAAUUAUUAACUUUGAUUUGUAAAUUAUCAUUAUCUAAUUUUGACAUUACUUCUUCUUCAGACUUGUGGAAGAAGCUUAGAGAAAGUUUUUUGUUUUAUCAUCUAAAAAGAUCUACUGAAACAACAAAUUUAUUUUUUGUCAUUGCAAAUGAACUGAUUUUAAAUUUUAAUCAUGCGUUGAAGAUUAAUGAAUCAAUUACUAUCAAAAACUUUGAAUUGUUUACAAGUAUUCUACUUGAAUUAGAAGAAUUAUCUUCUGUAUUUCUUCAAAAUUCAUCAGACAACCUAUCUAUAUCUUUCCUUCUUCGAAAUAUUCUCAAUUUAACUGAAACCUCUCUCGAUUUGGAACUGUCCUCUGAUUACAUUAACAAGUUGAUAAUACCUGACUUAUUUUUUGCAAAACUAAUGACCUUAGAUGACUCCCUAAUUAUCGAUAGUUGCUGUAAAUAUUUAAAUAAAUGUUCUACAAUUAUUAAUAAUAUUCAACUUAAAAAAGAGAACAAAAUUGCAAUAAAUAAAUAUCUAAAAGAUACAACAAAUUACUUAUGGAAAAAUAAAAUAAGUAAUUCUACUACUUUAUUCGAUAUUCCUACGUUAUUUAUGAAACCGAUAAUUCAAAAUAUUUACUUACCUGGCUACGAAUUGAAAAGUAAUGUUUUCUUCUCGAUACUCAAUAUUCCUGCAUUCAAUUAUAUUUCAAAUAUUAAAUUAAAACUUUUAGAAAGUGAAUUUAAUACCAAUAACCAGUAUACCUUCUUGCUAAACAAAGAAGGAUUUAGCAUGUUUGUUACCAGAAGCAACGGCGAAAUCACUUGGAUACCUAAAAUGAAAACUUUCAACAGUCUUAGAAAUAAAAUCUUGAAAAAGUAUUCUAAUGAUAUGAUUUAUCCAAACAUUUUUUUAUUAUUGAAUAAACUCUCCAAUAUAAAUAAAAAUCCGUUAAGAAAAAUUUACCAAACUAAAAAUGCAUACAUAAUAUUGUCCUAA